UCCCCUCUGCUGAGCAGAUCUGAUAUUAAAUCUGCACACACGCGUAAACUACGACUCCCAUGAACGUUAGCAGCUUCCACAUUUGGCACCUGUAACCCGAGCCGAGUGUUUUCGGGGUGUUUUUACCGGUGAAACAUGGAAGUGACUGCGGCCCGACGCUCGUUCCUCUGCGACAUCGGUUUCUGGGCCGACCGCACCGCUCUGCACGAGGCGGCGUCCCACGGCCGGGCCCUGCAGCUGAAGCAGCUGAUAGACGGCGGAGCGUCCGUCAACAUGGUGACGGUGGACAACAUCACCCCGCUGCACGAGGCCUGCAUCCAGGGCCAUCCGAACUGCGCCCGCCUGCUGCUGCAGGCCGGAGCCCAGGUGGACGUGCGGACCAUCCACGGCAGCACCCCGCUCUGUAACGCCUGUGCGUCCGGCAGCCUGGAGUGCGUGAAGCUUCUCCUGGAGCACGGAGCCGAAGUCAACCCGUCGCUCACGGCCCUGACGGCCUCGCCGCUGCACGAGGCCUGCAUACAAGGUAACGCCGACGUGGUGAGGCUGAUCAUCGCCAGCGGCGCCAAUCUGGAGGCGUACGACGUCCACUUCGGCCCUCCGCUCCACAUCGCCUGCGCCAAAGGACACGUGGAGUGUGUGAAAGAGCUGCUGCGUUCAGGAGCCAACGCGAAGUCGGUGAAGUUCCACGAGACGGCCCUGCACCACGCGGCUCGGCUCCAGGCGGUGGAGAUGAUCGAGCUGCUGCUGGACUUCGGCGCCGACGUGUACGCCAGCGACAACGCCGGGAAGAAAGCCGUGGACUACACAACGCCCGCGACACCCGCUCACUCCUGCCUGGAGUUUCAUGAAAGUAACCCUCUGAGUCUGCAGCAGCUCUGCAGGAUCGCCUUCAGGACCACGCUGAGCACCAGAGCGUCAGAGGUCAUAGGUCAGCUGGAGAUCUCCCACCGCAUCCGCAGCUACCUUCAGCACCAGGAUCCCCCCUCACCAUCGCUCACACACACGAGUGUUGAUUUUAAACACACACAUGACAGACAAGAACAAACGUCUGCUGUAAACUCUGCACUGUGACUCAGGUUGUACUUUUACUUCUGUGUAAUAUUAUAAUAAAAAGAAUGUUUU